AUGGCCUCUCACGGGGGUCGGCCCUUGGACAGCAACCUAGGUCUUUUGACCUUCUUAUUCCUCAUGCGGGAGCAAGACGAGCCGGGUGUUGAAGGUUGGCUAGAAGUCGAGGCUAUACAGUAUGGCAUCGCGAGGCCCGGGCUAUCUUUCGAAAUGAGGGCUUGCCCUCUCAGCAUGGGGGAAAGUAGCGUGAUGACAUAUGUGUUGUCAACUCCUCAGAUGAGGAAAGGACAGAAGAUCAGUUGGCUGGACCUGUUUGCCUCGUGCCGGAAGCGAAGGCAGGAAAGCCAGACCCAGCAGGCUUCCGUCUGGGUUGACGGGUCAGGUCAAACUGGCUGGGUGGUGGAGUGGCUGAAGGUCAACAAUCAAAUUACGCCCACAGCCUACUCGACGACAGACUACGAGUUCGAGUUCGAUUCCCAGCAAGUACACCAAGAGAUAAUCGUGAAAGACCGGUAUUUGAAAGAACAGUGGCGGAUGAAAGGACGCCUUGAAAUUCAUAACUUGAGCCUCCAUAGGAGUCUCAGUGCGUCGGGGCUCGGAAAAGGGCUUAACACGGCACAUCCGCACCAUAUUGAAAACGAAGGUAAGUCACUGCCCACAGUCCUCGGAGCGAACGAUAACGGCGAAACACGGCUCCUCAACAUUAAGUAUGGCACGCCAAAUUCAGAGCCUCGAAGACAAAUGAUUAUUCCUAGAAAAAUCAAAUCAAGAAGCUUGAGCUGCGGUUGCACCUUGAAAUAUAUGGACGGAGAGGCGGAGCUCAGGAAGCAAUGCUUCCUUCGUGCAUGGAUGAAGGGGGCCCCCCCAGCUUGGAUGGAGGAUCGCGCUUGCAGCGCCUAUUUCUCCGCCGGCUGCCGACAGAGUCAAGCCUCGAAGGCAGAAGGCCGCUUGAUGUCGGGGUCGGACUCGGGGGUUAAGGUUGAGGAUCGGGACAGAGACGGAGGGGGGUGCGUUAUUGGUGGAGAGUGCGCUUACAUAACAUUGCCAUCAAAUUGGCACUACUCCGUCAAAGCGAGCAUUCGGGGCAUACGAAGUAACGAACACAUCAGCAUUGGAAUGAGGCAGCUGCCCGGGAAACAAGUAAUAAUUCCCCGAGUUGAAAUCAGGCAUGCCGUCAAUAUGAUUACUCCGUAUUCCCGGGCCCGCGGUUCCUCUAGCUGCUCCGUAUGGUCACCAGCUUUCCAAUUGGCUUUCAGAUUCGAAGAUUCCAUCAUGUGUCACCACAAUGCCUGCCUGCCUUGCCUGCCUUCCAAGCCUUGUUCGACUGACAGCUUCCGUGCGACCUGGCCAUUGCCUUUUUCCCAUCACGAAGGGGAUGGGCAAAAAGACGCUGAUCGAGGGACGUUCGGUGAUUCGGCACAUUGCAAAACACAUUGGCUGCAGCUGUUGAGGCAAUUUCACACCACGAAAGGCAAGGGAUCUUCAUCUCCCCGUGUCCCCCUCAUCUUUCAAAAGAUGCGGUUCCACGCGACCAGUGGAACAGAUGGGGAGUCUGGUUUAGGUGUCUUGGACCACAAAGAGUCAAUUCCCUCCACGGCCCAAUCAUAUCCGUCGACAAGGUCACGGCGGGGUGUUGGAUACCCAAGAUGCAAAAACGAUGAUUGGCAGCUGUCGGUGGAGGGGGCUGAUCGGCGGACUCAAAAUGGAGACCCUUGGCAAGAAGCAUGGGCAGCAUUAUGUAUGGAGACGGGACGGGGGGCGAAUGUCACCAUCGGGACGCCCGAACUAUGGUUUGCAUUUGUGACUGGCUCGCUUCGUUGUCUUGCGCCUUUUGGUGGACAGUGGGUGUUGUUUGGACACAGCGCGUGCUUGUCAAAGCCGCGGAUCACAGAUCUGAUCCGGCAGCUUUUAGCUGAAAUGAAGUUUGAAGAUUGUGUAAAAAGGGGUCUCUUGGUCUUAUUCUACGUUGGCUUGAGGCGGCCCAGUGGCAUGAUCAUUGAGGCCAAGAUGAUAGUAUCGUGGAGUUGCACUUGCACGUACCCCGAGGCCGCAGAAGAAAUGAUCAAAACGCAGUGGGCCUGGGAUUCCCAAAUACGUACACUCUCCCGCAUGCCCUCAAUGUUCCGACGUCAGCGUGAGCAAAAGCUGCAAUGGAAGUCCACUAGUCCGUCAGGGAAUUCCAUGAUCUGUAGGUCAUGGUGGACGCAUCUCACGAGAUCUGGCAGCCUGUCUUGGUUAGGGUACCUUACCCAUAAAGGCGUGCCAAAGUCUGACAUGGAAUUUGGAUUCUCAGAUUCGUAUUCGAGAAAGACGGUGUUGGUACAUAUCUUGGAGCAUCCCUCGACCAGUGACCACAGCCCACGGUCCAUGGUCCACAGACUCCGUCACUCCAUCCUCGACGUCGUCCCGCCAGUGUUUCUCAUCCUUCGAGCAUCCCAAGCUGAGCCAAGCCUCCCUCAUCCCUCACCCCAUUCCAUUCCGCCCUUUUUCUUCCCAACCAGCUAA